AUGCCGACGGAGCGCCGCGCACGCAAGACGCUGACCGGAGCGGCGCCCAAGAAGCGCGAGAACAAGUACCAGAAGUAUGGCUGCUGGGCGUCGGACGGGACCAUCUUCUGCUUCUGCGACAACGACCCUCGCCUCGAAGCCGCGCAGCGCACCUGCCAAGUCAGCGACAAGGGCAACGUAGGCCGCAAGUUCUGGGCGUGUGACAACCGCUUGGAGAACUGCGGCUUCUUCGCGUGGGACGACGAGCUGGCGAAGAACGGCCACCCGGGCUGGGGAGAGUUCCACGCGAGCGACGAGGACGAGGACGUCGAAGUUGACCGCCGCGGACACCGCCUCGGAGACGGCUACAUCACCCCUCCUCCCUCGACCCAGAACUCGCCCGUCGCCGGACCUUCGACGCCGCGCAAGAACAAGAAGCGCCGCGUCGAGCGCGAACCGUCGCCUGACUGGCCGGACAUCGAGGCGGUUCAGGCCGAGCUGGACGACAAGAAGAAGGAGGUGCGCGAGUUGCGCAGGGAGAAGGACGAGUGGAGGAAGGAGAAGGACGAGAUGAAGAAGGAGAUUGACGGGCUCAAGACGGAGAACUCGAGGUUGCUCGCGAAGGUCUACCCCGAGGUCUUUGGUGACAGGGUUGCGGCUGCGUGA